UGCUAAUAUAAAAAUAUAACUCAGAUAGAAAUAUAAAUUUCUCGCUUUAAUAAUGAGUAAUUCCGAAGAUGAUUCUCAAGACAGUCGUAGCCCAAGACGUGAGAUGGAGAAGUACAGGGACUACUCUAGAAGCACGCACGUGAUGAUGCCUGAGAGGAUCCACAAUCAGGACCUUCUAGCCUCAAAGAGAGCGCACGUCGCAGACGACUCUGAAGAAGCAGAAGAUGAUAAAGCAGAGGAGAAAGGAUUGAUCACACGGCCUGCUAGCCCCGAAGGCGAGGCUCCCAUCUACCAGCUACAUCCGGAGUCAGUGGAACGAAUUCCCGAAUGUGAUUCUUCAGGGGAAAGCCUUGUGGUUUCUGGCUGGGAUCGUCGGGACAACAUUACGCUCUAUAUGAUCGCGGGCUAUGUGCUGGGCAUUCUCCUGGUGCUCAUCUGGUACUAUCGCCAUCCGCGGCGUGCCGGUGAAGACCUCACCGAGAAGUGGCUGCUCAUUGUUCUCCUCUUCCUUGUGAUGAUGAUCCUCGCCUACAGUCGUGCAGCGAGAUGCGCUGUGGCAUUGAUCUUUCCCACUUUGGGCAGCCAUCGAGGAAGAGCUCUGCUCAUAGCAUUGGCCUUUUUUGUGGCCGGCACUGGACCCGUGAUGAACAUCAUUCGAAACAUUGACAUCAUGGCGCACAGUCUGUGCUGUGGCCAGAGUCGUUUGCGGCAGGCCCUCACACCCAUGCAGGACAUCAUGGGGCAGCCCAUAAAUAUCGUAGAGCGCUCUGUGCAGGGCACCGUCAUGGAGGUGCGAAAGAUCAUGGAAGGUCUGGAUAAGGUCUUGCAGCAUCUGGAGAAACCUAUUGCUGAAAUGCAUGCCAACUACAAAUCCUGUGGCGAAUGGCUGCGACUACAGCAGGGAUCCUUUGAGCAGCAGAUGGGCAGACCCUAUGACCGCUGCCUUGGAGCAGGAGCUGUCAGCAUCCACGAGUGCCAGGCCAAAUUCGGGGCCAAGCGGAAGGAGUGCAAUGUCAAGGAUCGCUUUGUUUGGUUCUGUGAGAAUCUCAAGGAAAUGAGCAGCUUUCUCGAGCACAAUGUCAAACUGCAACAGGAGAUCUUUGAGCAGAUAUUUCAACGCUUAAAGGAGAGUUUCUCCAAAAUUAGAAGCAUUUUUGUGGUGAGCAUUAGCUUCGGGAGCAAGCAAAAGAUAAAUGGCACAAAUGACUCCUUGGGAAGGGACAGCGAUGUGAUACUGGAGCACGAGAUCGUCAGACACUUGGAGGCACAGAGGCGCACAUUUGUCUUAUUCUUUGUGUGCCUCGAUUUGGUGGUCUUCAUUCUGGUGUUCACUGUCAUCCUGCGUUCCAUUUACUUCCGAUUGCUGUAUCUGGGCAGCAACGACUUUAACAAUGUGUUUCUAACGCAGUCCUUCGAUUCGUAUGACAAGGAGCAGGAGCCCAUCGUUGGAGCUCGGGUUCUGCCACUGCGUGCGGCCGAAAGGAACAAAUUUGUGCAGAUAACUUCCAUCCGUUUGCUGCCCGAAGAAUUGCAGAUAAUGACACGGUCUAUGCUCUUUUUGGUUAUCACUGGCAUCCAGCUUUUUACCAUAUGUCUCGUGGACUACAGUCUCUAUAUAAUGCUGUCCAUGAUGUCCCAACAUGCCCACAAAACUGCGGGUCUUAAACCUCCUGCCUACACAAGAAUUGUGAUCACAAAGGGUGGCAUGAUCGGGGAUAUACUUCGUCGCCUGGUGCAUGCUUUCGAGCCCUUGGCCAAGAACUUGGGGGUGGGCACUGAAAAGUGUCUGCCAGUGCCAGGAGAGCCAAAUGUACUCCGCUACUACGAGGUAUUGGUGCUCUGUGUCCUGGCCUGGCUGCUCCUAGUCUGGGAGCCCUACAGCCUUCGUCUGCGACAUUGGAUCAUGGCCUGCUUUUAUCCCGAGGAUGCCCACCGAAGAGUCAAGUAUUUGCAUCAGCGCAUACUGCAAGAGAGAUCAACUUUUAUCAAGACUUCCCGACGUAGAGCUCGUUCCUUGCAACUCUAUUCGGAGGGCCAGCAAUUUGUGUGUCUCUCUUGGUUGAGUUCCCUAAAGAUCUGGUGCUUUAGCGGUUGUCCUUCUUCUUUUAUUGGCAAAACCUGCAUCAUCUGCAGCAAAGCUUUGACCGCAUCGGAUAAUGUGCAUUGUGACACGGACAAUUGUAGAGGAAUCUAUUGCCAAAGAUGCUUUAUAGAGUCGAAUAACUACUGCAUACUGUGCAACCCACCGAGUCAGUACUGGGACUACAGUGAUCUAUCGGAAAUGGGCGACUCUUCCGAUGAUUCCGAUGGUUGUACUCGCAAAACAGACGAUGAUGAGGAUGUCUAUGACGAUUCAAAUGAACAGCUGAAGGAAUAAAUUUAAGAUAUCAGAAAUAAAGCGCUUUCUGCCCGGUUUUCAUAGGCGUUUAUCUCGUGAAAAAGAAAACUGAUU